GAAUACUAGUUUGGCCCGCAUUGGCAAUGUUAUGAGACACACCGUCGAGUGCAGCAGAAAGCCCUUUUGAAAAGUUUGAUAACCUUCUACCGACAAAGAGCAGUAUCCAACAGUAACAAUGAACAUCACAAGUGUAUGUUUCAACAUCUCCAGCAAAACUGUGAACAGAACAGGAAAUGAAAGCGGCAAUAAGCAAGAGAUCCCAUCAGGACAAGGGAACCAUCUUCCUCUCGUUCUUCUGGGUGUUCUCUCCUGCCUCAUCGUCUCCGCCAACUCGCUAGUGAUAGCAUUGGUAUACAAAAAUACGCAGCUGCGAACAAUAACUAAUUUAUGUUUGGCAUGCCUAGCGCUGUCCGAUCUUUUAUCAGGCCUUGUAGCCAUUCCUUUGAUAUUUGCCUGCAAUCUUUCGCCCAUGCCAGAUGGAAUUGCUUCCUGCAUCGCCAUGGAUCUUGCAUCACGCUUUAUCGCCAUUUCGACCAUAUUGCAUCUUCUAAUUGUCACAUUUGAACGCUAUGUCAUGAUCAUUUACCCCAUGCAUUACUACCGGAUUGUGACCAAAAAUAGAAUGGCGGCCUCGAUGGUCUUUAUUUGGACCUUCUCUCUGGCUGUAUCGCUCAUACAGCUGAUUUGGAUUAGUUUUGGGUCCACCCCUGAAACUGCAAACGAACAACACAGUGACGUGAUCUACAUUUACAGCUGCUUUGUAGGACUCGUGGUGCUUCCUUUAAUACUCCUUGCAGUCGCCUACAGUCGCAUAUUCUUAAUUUUGCGAGUUCAACUGAAACGAAUACGUCGGCAAGCGACUCAUGUAAGAGUCUCAAGGGGAGCCAGGCAAAAACGGGGCCAAAAGCGCGCGGUGAUCAUUCUCGGGUCCAUGAUCCUGGCCUUUAUUUUGGGUUGGUGCUCGUACUUUCUGAGCUCGAUUAUCUUGGACGAGAAUUUACUAAUGCAUCUCCCGCAAGCCGUAAAUGUCACUCUCCUUUUCCUGAGGUAUAGCACAUCUCUUUUCAAUCCUCUCUUGUACACUUUGUUCAAGGAGGAUUUUAGAAACGUUUUACGAUCGUACGUUUUUAAAAAUCCGCAGAAUAGCUUAGACGAAGUUCCUUUAAGCAGCAACGCUUGUUGAGCUGCAUGCAGGAUUUAAGUAACGUGAAAAUCUUCAACAUUCAUAUCCAGCUCGCUAAAGCGCUCCAAACUAAGUGAAAUAGGAAUACAAGAAAUCAAUUUAAGCGUAUAUCAGAAAGGAGAUAUUUUGAGGAAUACAUGUAAGUUAUGUAAUUGGGUGUUUGUUCGUAACUAAAUUGAUCUGUAAUGUGGUCAUGGACAAUUAAACUCAAGAGAGCGUUGUCUCUUGUUGAACUUUAACUUUACUUCAAUUGCACAAGAACUGAGCCUAUUCUACUGUCGUUACCUUUUUGUUUAGUAAGCUUUCAACCAUUCCCCUGUGAGAAAACUAUUUAACAAUUAGAUUAUGAGCUCGAGAUUUCUAUGAGGUUAUAGUUGAUGAAGCCGAAGGCCGUAUCAACUAUCGCCUCAUAGAAAUAGAGAG